GAUGCAUCCGAUAAAGCAUCAGCCGGUGAUAUUGCCUCACAAGUGAUGAAAAAUCCUCAAGUAUUAGCUGCUCUACAAGAAAAAUUAGUCAGUAUGGUUGGUGCUCAUUCAGGAUAUAUACAGAGUUUACCUAAAGUUGUGAAACGCAGAUUAAAAGCAUUAAAAAAAUUGCAAUUUGAUGUGAUAAAAUUAGAAUCUGAAUUCUAUAAAGAAGUACAUGAUUUAGAAUGUAAAUAUGCUAGUAAAUAUGUUUCUAUGUUCGAUAAAAGACGUGAAAUUUUAACUGGUAAUGUUGAACCAACAGAUACUGAAUGUGAUUGGCCUAGUGAUGAUGAGAAAGACGACGAAAACAAAAUCUCAGAAGACUUAAAAAACAAAGUGAAAGUAGAUGAUAAAGCUGCAGAAGAAAAGAAAGAUGAAGAUGAUGGUGAUACGAAGGGUAUACCUCAUUUCUGGUUAACAAUAUUUAAAAAUGUAGAAAUGUUAUCAGAAAUGGUACAGGAACAUGAUGAACCUAUUUUAGAACAUUUACAAGAUAUUAAAGUAAUUUUCACAGAAACAGAACCUAAGGGUUUUACAUUAGAAUUUCACUUUGGUAGUAAUGAAUAUUUUACAGACACAUUAUUAACAAAACAUUACACAUUACGAUUUGAACCUGAUCCUGAAGAUUCUUUCUCUUAUGAAGGUCCAGAAAUAGUCAAAUGUCAAGGGUGUCCUAUCAAUUGGGUGAAAGGUAAAAAUGUCACAGUGAAAACAAUUAAAAAGAAACAGAAACACAAAGGAAGAGGAACUACCAGAACAGUCACUAAAACAGUUACCAAUGAUUCCUUCUUUAAUUUCUUCAAUCCACCUGAAGUUCCAGAAGAUGAUGCAGAAAUGGAUGAUGAAUUAGAAGCAUUAUUAGCUGCUGAUUUUGAAAUUGGUCAUUUUAUACGAGAUAGAAUUGUACCUAGAGCUGCUUUAUAUUUUACUGGUGAAGCAUUAGAACAAGAUGAUGUAAGUAUUUGA